UACACCUCUCUAAACUAUUAUUGUUUUCAAUGGUAAGCGCUCAAUUCAUGAUAAGAAUCGAGGUUAUCGUAUUAAUUUAAUAUCCAUUUGAGCGAACUACUAGCGGUGUUUUAAUCGCUCGAAGCGUGGAAUAAAAAUAAUAGUUUGGAAUAGCUGUUUGGAAAGUAAACAAGCCGGGCGGUUUAUAGUAAAACUAUUAGGGCGGUUAAAGUUUCCGGUGCAUCGACGGCGGCGGCGGCGGCGGCGGCGGCGGCGAGUGGAGGCGCGGCGCGGAGGAGGCGGGCGCGCUCAUUCACUCCGGCAGUCCGCCGCCGUCGCUCGCGCCGGCCCCACGCGCGCUCCGCACUCGAUGUUAUUGUACGAUUACGACAUCGCGCCGCCCCCCGGACUUUUACACUCACAGACGACUUAGCCAAGAAUAUGGGUUAAGCGCCCUCCCCGAGGCGAUGAGUCCGGGCGAGCGCGCCGCCCUCGGGCGCCGCGAACCCGCUCGCCCUCAGUACGGGGCCACCGCACCGGGAUUCCCGCCACCCUACUACCCUCCGUAUGGAGUGCCGCACCCGAACGCCUGGCUCGGCGCUCCCCUCAUAUCCAUGGCGAGCAGGGUGCCGCCGGCCCGCCAGACGCCCAUCUCCAAGCUCGCGAUGCACGCGCAGGGCGCGCCCCUCAUCAUCCAGAACAGAUACGACCGCCGCAAGUUCACCACGACGCCCGAGCAGCGGCACCAGCGGCCGGGCCCGCCGCAGCAGGAGCCGGCGCGCGACGAGCCCGGCCCGCGCCGCGCCCCGCACCCGCCCGCGCGCGCCCGCCCCGCGCGCAACCACAACGCCGACGCCGUCAGCGUCGCCAGCGACGAGAGUUCCGGCUCCAACAACUCCGAGACCAUGCUGCCCAGGAUCAUCAAACCGAGGAAACGACGCAAAAAAGACAGGAAACCGAACAACAUUGUGCCGCAUGAUAUGACGGCGACCAACCUGGAUAUCGGUGAUGUAGACCAUUGUGGAGUGUCGUCAAUGACGAAUCAAUCGCACGGCAUUUACGAUGAAACUUACUGUGGUGAACUGAACAUGCCGUACCGUGUGGACGUGAAGGUGGAGUACGGGGAGCGCGCGCCGGAGCCCUACCGCGUGGCGGCGCUGGGCGAGGCGCUGGAGGCCACGCGCUUCGGCCUGGCGGAGGCCGCGGCGCCCGCCGAGUCCGCCAGCUCCUGCCAGUGCCGCUACUGCGACCCCGUCGGACAGAUCUGGGACUCGGACUCGAUAGCGCAUCUGCUCGACGAGAACACUACCGGUGACUUCGCUCCCACGAAGCUAGAAGAUUCUAUGAAGGUGGUCGGUUCGAUGGGCAGGAGAGGGGCCGAUGCCACUCUGAGGAGGAGCUGGAGCGACCCGUCGUCGCGCGUGCCCAUGCGCAAGGAGGUGGGCGGCGGUGAGGCCGGCUCCGCGCCGCACCUGUACUCGCUGUUCCCGCCCGCCCGCAGGGGCAGCUCGCCGCACGAGCCGCGGUCGCCGCUGGCGCUCGAGAUAUCCUCGGAAAUCGUUACAUCGAUUAAUGGCCACCGCGAUCUUGAGAUUAAGCUGUUCUCGACCUCGCCCCCGGCCUCGGUCACCUCGGAGAGCUCCUUCUUCGCCGAGAAAAGGGAAAGUGCUGACGGAUGUGCGAUCACUACGCAUAACCGAAAAGUGAACUGUGCGGUGAAAAGUGACAAAGUAGACUGUAGUGUUAAUAAGGAUGAUAAAUAUGUCAGUGAGGAUGUGGCCCUGAGAGCCGGGGCCUCGCGGAAGCUUUGUGAUUUAGCCCUAGUUACUGCCUGAGGCACCAUGUGAUUGAGUUCUGCAAAUGUUAAUGUUAAAGUGGACGCGGUGUGUUGUCAGUCAGUCGAGACAGCGCUGCGCUCACCAUUUGAGCUGGACUCAAAUACAGCGAGGCAAGCACGGAGCGUCCCACUUGAUCCAAAUUCGAGAUCUCCGAAUCGGUUUCCUGUAGAUUCUAUAUUUAAUUUAUUAUUAACAAUAGCGUAGGAAGCUGACGAGAAGGGGCUUCAUCUGGCUUGUGUGUGAGGAUGGAAUAGAGAGAUGUUGCGGAUGGGCGGCGGCGCUCGCAAUUAGUGGUUCACACUAGUGACACGGUUCUCGCGGCGGCUUGCGGUCCGCGCCGGUUUCCCCGCACUCCGUUCCGGCCGCCGCGCCGUGCGAACCGGUUCUUGCACUCAGAUAAUCACUUGUUUCACUACACAAACCGCCAUUCACUUUUACCAUUAAACUAGCCAAAAUCGUCAAACCGCAAAACAUCAUAUUUAAACUUGGAAACAGCACACUUUAGCUUCAUUAGAGAUCGUGUCGCAACUCACGAAUCAUUUGCAUUUUUGUCACCAAUAAGUGAGCGGAGGCACCGGCCUAGCAGGCUUUCACAUUUUCAAGUUAUUGACGUUUUAUCAACAUAUGCACACAUAACGUUCUUUGCCAUCAUUUUCACCUAAGUAGGAUAUACAAACCAUCAUUGUAUUUUCAUAUCAUUCAUAAAAUGUUCAUGUCAUGUGAUUAUUCAAAAAUAUUCCCAUGUAUUUGUAUCGUACAUAUUGUUGAAAACACAAAUAAAAUCGUUUGUUGUUUUCUUCGAAAACAUAUUAUAUCGCUUUUAUCCCAUUAACUCAUUCAUUUUAUUAACAUACAACACACAAAAAAACUAAUCAUUCCCACUUCAUAUCAUCGCAGAUGCACUUUAGAUAACUAUCACAGUUAUCUAUGUUUGCUUCAUUUCCCCUCGUUACCCUAUAUCACCAGCACAUAGCCAUCACCUCAUACACACAUCACACUCACACACAGACCAUUAUCUUCGUACAUCUACGACUACAUCCUUCAUGUCACACUUUAGUAAAACCUAGUACAUAUUUUGGUAAAAGAACGAGGUCGGAAACAUUAAUCUCUACAGAGGCUUGAAAGGGUAAGCUUGUAGGCUGUAUGCCAGAUGAAGUCCCAUAAUGUAGAUAAUGUGAAUAUAACUAAGUUAUUCAUGGACUGUACACCGUCUCUAUCGUUGGGUUUUACACUCCAUGGGAUGGUACGAUGUUUUCUUUCUCUAUUUUGUGUUUGCUUAUAUUGCCCGGCGAGUGCGUGGGUCGACAUGAUAAAUUGGAUCUUGGUACACACUUUUUUUAAGACAACCCCAAUGUACGCAACAACAGGCUUUUUAUCUACUUCAAAAUUUAGUGUCAGUGCUGCUGAUUUAUUAAUGUCUCUAUUAGACAGAUUUAGCGGAUAUCUGCAAAUGUGCACAAAGUUUUUUUCUGUGUUAUUUUCCUGUAUAACGACACGGCAGAGAGUUGUUUUAUUGCUGUGAUAAGUGUUUAUGAUCGUAACGCAACUGCUGGAACAUACUUGAGGUUUAUAGUUUCUGGCUACUGCUAGACCCUCCAGUUCAGUAAUGAGGUCUGUUAAAAGCCUGUGGUAGCCGCGGUUGGGCGUGUGCAGCGCCGGGCGUGGCGGUAAAACUCAACGAUACAUCGCACUAAGUAAAUAGACUAUGUCCAACUUUCUGAGUGAAUGCAUUUUAUAAACACCUAGGUUUAAAUGUUUGUUUGGCGUACGUUGAAGACAUGAGUUACACGCUCGCACACUAUUUUUGUACAAUAAAUACCAUGUCCAGAAAUA